GGCGAUGAUCACAGGCAAGGACCUUAACCAGACUACAGAUGGAGCCACCGCUCCUGCUGAUUCAAUCACAGACAUCCCUAGAAAUUUGCUAGCGAAUGAGCGGGACGGCGCAUGCGCUGUAACAAUUGCGCGGAGACAGGCGGUUGGAGGUUUCAUCCCCUCUGCAGUUAUGGGACGAAGGAAGUCUAAACGGAAGCCGCCCCCCAAGAAGAAGAUGACAGGCACCUUGGAGACUCAGUUUACCUGCCCUUUCUGCAACCACGAGAAGUCUUGUGAUGUGAAAAUGGACCGUGCUCGAAACACUGGAGUCAUCUCCUGUACCGUGUGCCUAGAGGAAUUCCAGACACCCAUCACAUGUAUCCUUGGGAAAUUGGCUCAUUCUUGGGGAAUGAGAGAAAUGGGUGGGAGUCGGGCUGUCCUGACCUGCCUGGGGGCUGGUGACCGGAAACAGUGAACAUGGUCACUCCUGCAGCCCUGGCCUUGUGGCCAUCUAGGGAAAUUGAUAUCGGCUACUGGUUUAACACUGAGCGACAAGGCAUAGGGCAGGGGUCCAAUGGACCCCAUCAUAGCAGAGAUGUGCCUGACAAGGGGCUUCAUUGCCACAAAUUAUCCUUGACCCUGCUCCAGACCUGUCAGAACCCGUGGAUGUGUACAGCGACUGGAUAGACGCCUGCGAGGCAGCCAAUCAGUAGCGAUGUCACGGACCUGCUCCCCCGAAGCCCCCACUCUGGCUACUGAUCCAGAGACAUUCCUGGGCUCCAGGGUGUAGGUCCAGCGCCGGGCCAGCCCUCCCUCUGUGUGUGUGGAGUGGUGUGAAUGAGUAUCUGCACACGUGGCUGCAGAUGUGACUGCAGGGGUGGAGAAGAGUGAUUGCUGUGUCUCACCAUGCAGUCCAGGAUUCCUCACAGAACCCUAUGCCUCAAGUGACUGAAAGCCUUCGAGUGCUCCCUUCUCCAGCCCACUGUCUUCUCCGGUGACGGUCCCUGACAUCCCAAGCCGGGAAUAGCUGUAGGACCUCCAAUCACCUCAGCCACCUCACCAGCACCUUGCCCUUGAGGAACUGGACUUUCUCUCCUUCCCAGCCUCCUAGUGCUUGUGGUCUACUCAGGUCCCUUGACUGGGAUUUGCUGGGGCACACCAUUUUUCUUGUUUGCCUUUGUAGAAAAGGUGUAGGGGCUUAUUUGGAAUACAGCUGUCCCUCAUGAGCCUGUCAAUAAAGCAGCCAGUGUGUA